AUGGGAUUGCUAGACAGACUUUCAGGCUUGCUUGGCCUCAAAAAGAAGGAAGUUCAUGUUUUGUGCCUUGGGCUGGAUAAUAGUGGCAAAACAACAAUCAUUAAUAAACUUAAACCUACAAAUGCUCAGUCUCAAGAUAUAGUUCCAACAAUAGGAUUCAGCAUACAAAAAUUCAAAUCGUCUAGUUUGUCUUUUACAGUGUUUGACAUGUCAGGUCAAGGAAGAUACAGAAAUCUCUGGGAACACUAUUAUAAAGAAGGACAAGCCAUUAUUUUUGUCAUUGAUAGUAGUGAUAAAUUAAGAAUGGUUGUGGCCAAAGAAGAACUUCGUACUCUUCUGAAUCAUCCAGAUAUUAAGCACCGUCGAAUACCAAUCUUAUUCUUUGCAAACAAAAUGGAUCUUAGAGAUGCACUGACAUCUGUAAAAGUAUCUCAGUUGCUGUGUUUAGAGGACAUCAAAGAUAAACCAUGGCAUAUUUGUGCUAGUGAUGCCAUAAAAGGAGAAGGAUUGCAAGAAGGUGUAGACUGGCUUCAAGAAAAUACAAUACAAUCAGAUCCAGGCUGUGAAGACAUGAAAAAAUAG